UCUUCCUCUCAGCCUUCUUCACGUUCCCUUCAAGGUUUUUUUUUUCUUCUUUAGGCCUCGCGCGCAGCCUCGGCCUCGCUUAGGGCAGCCAAGCCGGGCGAUGACGACGACGGCGUCGCCGCUGCUGCUGCUGCUGCUGCUGCUUGUGAGGCGGGUCCCUCGCUAAGGCGGCCACGGAACGCCAGCCCCGGGCCUCCGCCGCGCUGCCAUGCCGGCUAAAAGGAAACUGGUGCCGCCGGCCCUCAACAUCACCCCGACCAUCGCUGAGGGACCCAGCCCCACCGGCGGGGAGGGCGACGGCUCCGAAGCACACCUUGUUGACCUCCAGAAAAAACUGGAAGAACUGGAGCUGGAUGAGCAGCAGAAGAAACGGCUGGAAGCUUUUCUCACCCAGAAGGCCAAAGUGGGAGAACUGAAAGAUGAUGAUUUCAAGAGGAUUUCAGAACUGGGAGCUGGCAAUGGUGGGGUGGUCACCAAAGUACAACAUAAACCCUCAGGGCUAAUUAUGGCACGGAAGCUGAUUCACUUGGAGAUCAAGCCUGCCAUACGAAACCAGAUCAUCCGGGAGCUCCAAGUGCUUCACGAGUGCAAUUCUCCAUACAUCGUCGGUUUCUAUGGCGCCUUCUACAGCGAUGGGGAGAUCAGCAUUUGCAUGGAGCAUAUGGAUGGCGGUUCCCUGGAUCAGGUUUUGAAAGAAGCCAAGAGGAUUCCUGAAGAAAUUUUGGGCAAAGUCAGUAUAGCAGUUCUGCGAGGAUUGGCUUAUUUACGAGAGAAGCACCAAAUCAUGCACCGAGAUGUGAAGCCUUCUAACAUCUUGGUGAAUUCUCGAGGUGAGAUUAAGCUGUGUGAUUUUGGAGUCAGCGGGCAGCUCAUCGACUCCAUGGCCAAUUCCUUCGUGGGCACCCGGUCCUAUAUGUCUCCUGAACGUCUACAAGGCACUCAUUAUUCCGUUCAGUCGGACAUCUGGAGCAUGGGCCUCUCCCUGGUGGAGCUGUCAAUCGGACGGUACCCCAUCCCGCCGCCCGAUGGCAAGGAACUGGAAGUGAUCUUUGGUCGUCCCAUAGUCGAUGGGGCUGAAGGGGAGACCCACAGCAUCUCUCCGCGACCCAAGCCCCCAGGACGUCCUGUUAGUGGUCUUGGGAUGGACAGCCGCCCCGCCAUGGCCAUUUUUGAAUUGCUUGACUACAUUGUGAAUGAGCCACCUCCAAAACUGCCGACUGGGGUUUUCACCCAAGAAUUCCAGGAGUUUGUAAAUAAAUGCUUAAUUAAAAACCCUGCUGAACGGGCAGAUCUAAAGAUGCUGAUGGUAAGAAUUGUUGCUUUGUGUGUGCACAAACCCCGAAUUUCCCUCCAUAAGGAGAGCCAAAUCCUUGCUCACUUUCCCAGCAGGUCAAUUGGUUCCCUCUCCUCCUCUCUUACCAUUACUCUUCUCUGAGUGGGAACGUGUAGGUUCCGCUGGUGUGGAAAUUCUUUGAGGAAUUGCAGCAGGGGUGGG